UUCGUCACUGUGACACUGUGACCUAGAAUUUCAAUUUCCAAAGUUUUGUGUUCUCUAUAGGUCCCUGGGUGAAGCUGAAUGGCCUGACGAAGAAAACUGCGUGAUCGAUGGGAUCAUAGGAUCAAUCACCUGCCUGCAAACUGAUCUGAAACCUGUGAAGUCCAUACCGGGAUGCCAAUCCUGUCCGGUGACUGUUCCGCAUUAUGGUGACAAUACACGCUGCUUCAGUACCCCUAUGUCCUUACUUCAAACCCUGAAAUUUUUCAUUUUCCCGUAGCAGAUUUCGAUCAUGACUUUUUGCUAGCUUAAUUCCCCUUGCUUCGUAAUCUCUUGCUUAGAAUAGACCAGUUCGUUCACUAGGUCAGACAGUAGUACAAGUCUGAUUCAACUUGUAGUACAAGGUCAAACCUUGUACUAGUAGAACAAGGUCAGAGCUACUUGUUGUUCAAAGCUUGUACUUUAGGUACUACAGUUGUAGUACUAGUCGAUUCAACUAGCCGGCUAGAUUGUUCAGUGCUCCACCUUGGACUACAUUGUUAGAUCAGCAAAGAUGGCGUCAGGAGGAGGAAACAGCGGUGUUGACUUCGGGGAGUGCAAGCCCCCGGAAGUUCAACGUAUUGAUUGGAUGUAUGAACAAGAGGUCACACUAACGGAAAAAGAGCAAGAGGAGAAGAUGAAUGAGGAUGCUCUUGCUGCUCUAGCUGCGCAAACCGUCAAUGCCUCAUCAGAAGCAGAUAGGACGGGGAAAGGGUACUUACUGUGAAGAUACUAUUACAACUUCGUGCCUACUGUCGUGUGAUUGAUGUCUACUGAUGAGAUGUGCUUUCGCUUACUCGAACUCAUGUUGUAGGCCGCUAUUUUCUGGAACUUGUCAUACUAGUUCAUUUUUGCUCCAAUCGCUUCUCUCACUGACAAUCUCUCAGGGCUCUCUUCCAGCAACGCGCCAGUGGCAGUGAGCUACUAAACAAAGUCCGAGAUGAUCCCAUGUUCAUGAUCAAGCAAGAAGAAAUGAGAAGAGAAAAACUCCUAGAGGCAAAUCCCUUAGUCCAAGCCCGUCUAGCUGCUGCUAAAGAGCAAAAGGAAGACCGCGAACGACGUGCGGCUGAGAUAAAAGAAAUGGAAAAGAUUAGGAAACGGCAGAGAAAAGAGGAAGAAAAGCGAGCUAAGAAGAUACGGAAAAGGGAAAGUAAAAAGGAGGCGAAGAAGGAGAAGAAGAAACUGAAAAAAGCGAAGAAAAAGGCGAAGAGGCAAGAAAAGCGUGCUAAGAAAGAGAAGAGACGGCGAAAAGGGAAAGAAGUGUCGUCAGACUCAGACACGAGCACAGACAGCGAAUCAGACUCUAGUAGUAGCUCCGAUUCCGGGAGCUCUGACUUCGAGGAUAAACAGCGCGCGCCGCCGAUGUGGUCAGGCGCUUUGCCUCCGCCUGAUGCACAACCUACGCAAACCUUCGGAGCAAACAAGCCUGAGGAGCCUGUGUCAACGGAAACAAGUCUGCAAAACCUUAAGUACAUGUUAGGCCAGUCGCGCUCAGCGGCGCUCUUCGGUGGCGCAGGUCGUGGUGGGGUCAACGCGUUUGAGGAACGGCAAGCGAAAAUGCGGGAACGAGAUCAGAGGAACGCUGAAGCAGCAGGUGCCAACAGUAGACAUGCACACAGGAUAGCACAACAAUCUGGGGAUAGAAAUAACGGACCCUAUGGCCAUGGAGGAGGUGCAAGUAGCAGCGGUGGUGCUAAUAGAGACGGCCAAUAUCGAGAGAUGUCUCUAGAGGAGAAGAGAAAAAGGCUCGAGGACAUGCGCAAUCGAGGUACUGCUUUUGAAAAGAGCAAGCAGAAAACCUUUGCUUCACUCGAAGAGCUGGAAGCUAAGAAAGCAAAGCUCGAAGCCAACGAACGAGAUAAAGUACAGCAAAGAAUCGAUGCUGGUGAAGAGCAUCGGAGUAGUGCUGCAUUCUUGGGGAAAAUGGCGUCACGCGCAUACAUGGACAACGAUCAGGACCUAAAGGGCGCUCUGAAGAGCAGAAGAGGCCGUCAAGAUAAGAAUUUGACGGAUAGAUAUCUGGAAAGGGACUGAUGUGGGUCUUCUCGCCUGGAUAAAACACUCCCUUUGACAGUCAUAGGCGCCCUUUGAUAGUCCUAAGCUCCCUUUGACGUACCCCACACUCCUUUGACAGUCCUCAGCUCACUUAUCCACCUCACAUUCAAUCAUGGAAUGAUCCCUAUUCCUCUGAGUUUCUGGCGAUAACUCGCCGUGCGUAUAAGCAAUCACAAU